UUUGUCUCUUGGUUCACUGUUAGGGUUAAACUUUCUGGGGGGCGUGAUUAUUCUUUCACAGAUGUAUUGUACAGCACAUACAGAUACUAAAAACCACACCUCUUUAGAUCACCCUAUAAGAACUUGUAGAGCACCAUUUCAGGGACAUCGUGUGCACAAUGAGGAACUUUGACUCUCUAACAGUUUUACUUGUCUGCAGCCUCAGUUGGCUCCCUGUAUCACAACCUGUGGAGGUUCAGUCUGGAAAAGAAGUCACGCUGCUGUGCUCCAACUUUUCCAGUUCUCCCACACAAAUACUCUGGUUCAGAGUGACCAAGAGAGCCAAACUCACCUGUAUUGCCUCCAUGUUCGAACCUCAUGAACCUGCUUCAUUCUGCGCUGGAUUUCAAAAUGGAAAAUUUGAAAUGAGCACUAAUUCAUCCACUGUGUUUCUCAAAAUUAAACAAGUGGAUUUAUUGGACUCUGGACUUUAUUUCUGUGGAUUUAAAAUAGACCGCAAUCCGGUUAUUGUUGAAGCAACAUAUUUAGUGGUCCAAGACACUUUUAUCGGAUUACCAAAUAUGAUGAGUGUGAUCCUCGGUGUUCUGACUGUUUUCCUCAUCACAGUCAUCGUUUGUCUGGCUGUUAAAAUCAAAAAGCUUCAGAAAGUUCACACUGAAGGAAAGAAUCUACAACAAGAAGAGAGGCAGAGCUCAGAGCACCUGCACUAUGCAGCUGUGACAUUUCAUCCAAAAACAGAAAGUCCUCACAGGCCUGCAUCAGCCACAGAAGUGGACCCAGAUGUUAUUUAUUCAUCUACUCGAUAGACUCAGAAAGUGACCGAGCACUGCAUGGAACCGAGGCGUCAUUAUUGAUCUGCUGAUGUUUGUUUGGUGGAUGUCGUCAUGCUGUGAAAUCACAAGUGAAAAUGUACAUGAAUCCUAUUGGUGUCCUGUGUUACUGUUAUAAGUGGUCUAUAUGUCAUAUGUCAAAACAUUUUAGCCUCCACAAUCUUUAUUGUGUUUUUUGUCCUAUCUUCCUCCCCUCACCCCAACUGGUUGUGGCAGAUGCCUUUUCCUCUUUGGAGGUUUCUUCUUGCUAAAAGGGAGUUUUUCCUUCCCACUGUUGCCGAGUCCUUGGGAUUGUGUCAUUGUUGGGGUUUUCUCUGUAUUAUUGUAGGGUCUUUACCUUACAGCAGAAAGCACCUCGAGGCAACUGCUGUUGAGAUGUGCGGCUGUAUGAAUUGAAUUGAUAUUAGUGUCAGCCACUAUUCAAAAACGGAUCAAUCACUCAGAAUUAUCAGUGCAAGAGGAAAUAAUUUGAACAAAGGUAACAGGAAUGAAUGUAUUUCUGUCUGCUUCAUAUUAUGCAAUAUAAUAUCAAGAGGUUAUGAAGGUAUUUUGUUGAGCCAUAUGUUUUUUGUAAGUAUGGUUUUUAGUGUUUGUUGGAGCUUAGACAGUUUAGCCAACAUUUUGCUGUGAUCUUUAAUUUGAGUUUCUAGUUAUAAUUUUCAUUAUUUUAUGUUAUAGUGUAAUAUACUGUGCUCCAUAAAUUGAUCCUGCUUUGUUAGUCUUUUGUGUUGUUGUAAAGUGUUGGUAGGUGUCGUAAAGGGGGUGUGUUAAGCACGAGGGGGGAUGAAAGGUUAGUCAAGUAAGCAGGACGUGGAGCAACAGUUUUCUGACCGGCGCCGUUUAUUGUGCUUUCGUUGUAACAUAAAAGGAAUGUAAACGGAGCUCCCACCAGAGGCCUUUGUUUGUAUUUUUCAGUUUGUAUGGAGAAUAAAUGUUUUUUCCUUUUUUACAAGCGCCUUGUUUUUGCUACCGAAAGGCAUACAAGCGAUUCAACAAGAGCACGAGUCAGAAACAUAAGUCCUGCAGAAGCGGCAAAGAAGGACCAAAGGUUGCCGCUACAGUGUUUGUGUUUUUUAUUUUUGGUGCCAGCCUCAGGUGGCCAUUGGAGGUACUGCACUUCUAAGCAGGCAAAGUUUUAUUUUAGUCCUGGAUGUUACCAUUUGGCUUUAAUUCGGUAUUAACAAUUCUAUAUCGAUAUCAUGGCACAGAAAAAUGAGACAGUGUUAUGAUACAGUGAGCAUUUGUACAGUUAUUUUGGUCUUAUUCUCAGAAUUCUGAGAACUGCUGACCGUUAACCACAACAGAGCUGACUCUGUAUCAAGUGGUGAAUACUUCCUGUCAGACUGUGCAGAGUGUUUUCACAGACUAAACAGAUCAGGGACAUUAGCGUUAUGCACUGGUGGUUCCCAUUAAGAGUAAAAGUUCAAAUGUAUAACUUUUUAUUUCUUUAGAUUUGCAAGGCUUGCAAUAUGUAUCAUUUUAACAAAUUGUAAGCUUUUGUGCAGUGAUUCAGUGAUUUUCCAUUUUAGUUAUUGCAUGCUUUGGUGUUUUAGUGUUUUGUGUGUGAUAUAGGCCACACCCGUGUGGGAGUGGAGAUUCCACUCUCAUCCAGCUGCCACCUAUUUGGAGUUGAGUACAGGGAGUAGCUGACUGGUGAUGAUUUGAAUCCUUCUCUAUAAAGGGGAGAGAAAACAGGAAGGAAGGGGAUUUUUCUGUAGGACACAGUUAUAGUGGGGAAGAUGGUUGAAAUUUUUGACUCCAGUGAGAGCGUGUGAGGUAGCAUAACUUAAACAGCAAGGAAGGUGA